GGUCCGAGCAGUGUGUUAUCCCCACUUAGAGGCUCAAGUUAAGAAAAGAAGAGAGAUAAUAAGCAGCGCAAAAUUGAAGUGUAUUUGUUCUCUCUUGUUGUUGGCGAAUCUGGUGCACCUGCAACGGUUAAAGCUGCCAGCAUGAUCUGAACUUAUUACCUUCCUUCUUCCUUAUAUUUGUGUGUGGUGGCAAGAUCAGAUCAUGUGGGAGCUUCAUCUGUUGCAAUGGUAGCAUAUAUAUACAAACCCUAAUUACUUCUUCCCCUGCCACUACAAAACCCUAGCUAGAACAAGGAUUCAAGUAUUCAUCAUCAGAAAGAAGCUAAGGGAGGUGAUCGAUAAUGGGAGACGAGACGAGUCCUGAGUGGAUGAACAAGGGAGACAAUGCAUGGCAGCUGAUGGCGGCAACAAUGGUGGGGAUGCAAACAAUUCCAGGGCUAGUAAUCUUGUACGGAAGCAUGGUGAGCAGGUCAUGGGCCAUCAACUCGGCCUUCAUGGCCUUAUACGCUUUCUCCGCCGUGUUCGUUUGUUGGGCCAGCUGGGCUUACCGCAUGUCGUUCGGCGAAGAAUGGGUGUUUUUCUUGGGCAAGCCGGCGGUGGCGUUGGACGAGAAAUUCCUUCUAGGGAAGUCGUUUCUGGGAGCGUUCCCUACUGCAACGAUGGUGUUCUUUCAAGGAGUAUUUGCGGCCAUUACUCUGGUUCUUAUUGGCGGUUCAUUGCUUGGAAGAAUGAACUUCCGUGCAUGGAUGCUGUUUGUUCCUCUCUGGCUUACAUUUUCAUGCACCAUCACUGCUUUCAGUAUUUGGAGCCCGAAUGGGUGGUUAUUUAAGCUUGGAGUUAUUGACUUUGCUGGUGGCCUUGUUAUUCAUGUUUCUGCUGGUGUUGCUGGCAUUACCGCAGCUUUUUGGGUGGGUCCAAGACCAGAGAAGGAAAGAGAAGCAUUUGCUUCAAAUAAUAUGAUUGUAGCAUUGGGAGGUGCGGGCUUGGUUUGGAUGGGGUGGUCAGGCUUCAACGGCGCUGCUGUGAACACACUUGCAUCUCUCGCAAUUCUAAACACUCAUGUCUGCGCUGCUACUAGCAUCGUCACAUGGCUCGUCCUCGACAGUUUAUGUUUCGGUAAGCCAACCAUGUUUGGCGCCAUUCAAGGCUUGAUCACCGGCCUUGUUUGCAUUACACCCGCCGCAGGAGUAGUGCAAGGUUGGGCAGCAAUUUUGAUGGGUUUGUUCUCAGGAAGUGUACCAUGGUACACAUUGAUGGUGCUUCACAAGAAGCUCGAAUUCUUAAACAAAAUAGAUGAUCCAAUGGCCAUUUUUCACACACAUGCCAUAACCGGAAUUCUUGGUGGAAUUCUAACAGGCUUAUUUGCUGUUCCUAAAUUGUGUCGCCUCUUCUAUGGAGUGCCUGAUUGGAAGAAAUACACUGGACUCUUUUAUGGCCUUAAAAAUGGUUUAGCCCAUGCUGGUUUGACUCAGUUGGGGAUCCAACUUGAAGCCACUAUUUUUGUAGUUGUAUUUAAUGUUAUUAGUACAACCGUGAUAUGCUUGGUUGUGAGGAGCAUAGUGCCAUUAAGGGUUGAUGAUGAGGAUGCAUUGCAAGUAGGUGGUGACAAAAGCAUGCAUGGAGAAGAGGCAUUUGCCUUGUGGUCAGUGGUGGAGCUUAGUUCAGACAAGGGGAGACCACGGCUCCCAAACUUUUUAUAA